GGGCGUAUUCCGAUCCACAGCAAGUCCCUCCUGUGUGUGUCCCUCAGCCCUGGCAUUAGGACUGCAUUCCAUCCCUCACUUUGGCAGGACUCUGAACUUUUUCACUCUAAAUUUUCCCAAGCUGUAAUUCCAAACAGAAGGGCAUUUUCACUUAAAAAUACGCAACCAAAGGAAACUCUCUGUAGAGCGUUUGUUUAAAUAAACAUACUUAAAAGAUGGUUGGCCUAUUCUGCGUCAGUCAUCAAAAUACACAUGGGGAAAUAUAUUGUGUUUUAUAAAGGGGGGGGGAAUACCUGUCUUAUUCGAGAUGGGGAUGACUCUGUUCUGUAGCCUUUCAAUUAGUUUAAAACUAAUUGAGUUGCCUUGUCGGUUUUUAUAGCACACAUAAGUAGCACCUAGACAGAAAGAUGACGAGGCAUUUUUCAAACUUAUCAUACAUUCUAUCUCCCUGGAUUUUUUAUCUCAACUUUCAAACUCCCCUUCCCAAGGUAUGGUUGACCUUCAAAUUUCAGGCCUUGUGCCUCCUCUUUUCCCAGCAUCUAUUAUUUGUUGGAAAAGUCAAAUUAGGUUUCACGUCUCUCUUUGCCUUGCCUGAGUUUAAUGAAUUUUAGUUGUUUUCAAAACCUGCAGUCUGUUCAUUGUGCCAGCUCCGCACUGCAGAAAAGUUAGCGUGGGAUUUCCAGCUUGGUUCCUACAAACAGUCACUACAAACAGGUGUAUUAUUCCCUUGAGGAGAUGAGCCAGAAGUGACCCUCCUCUGGGCUCUGGCCUACAGGAACCCCAGCAGCCUCCCACGGCCCCGCCUGGGCGCUGUCCUUGGUGCUGCCGGGUCCUUGGGCGCCCCUGCGCCUUACCUGCUGUAGGCUGCCGAGGUCCCCCAACUGUUAAGCAGACUGGAGCGCCACAUCCCACUUUUAACACAAAUGACUACCCCGGCCCGUCCUCUUUGUCCCCUUCCCGGAGGUUUCGGGUCGGCCAUUCCUCAAAAACUCUCUCUCUCUCUUUUUUUUUUUUCUUCUGCACAACUCUCGGCUCAUCUCCGCCUGCUUUAAGACAAGGAGUAGAGGGAGGAAAGCGUGGACAAGGAAGAUAAGGAUGAAUAGAGAAGGAAAAAAAUGAGAGUCGGGGGGAAGAGGGGUGAAAGACGAGGCGGCAAAGAAAAAAAAUGUCCCAGGGGACAGAGCUCCAAGGGAAAUGCCGGAUGAGAACUAAGAAAAGAGAAAGAAGGAUCACAAAGGGGGUGGGGGUGAUUUAAAAAAAAAAAGAUUAGCAGAGCCUAAGUCCAAAAGUAAGGAAGAAAGAGCUAAGGGGUAGGGGACAAAAGAAGAGCCAAGAGGCCGGAGAAGUGCCCAAAGGGCCGGAGAGUGGCUAGACAAAGAAAGGACGCUCGGUCGGCACUUGCACCAAGGCUGUGAACGGCAAACUGCAGGUGAAACGCAGAAAAGGGAGAUCUACAGGGUGACAAGUGGUCUGGGACCCAAGGGGACGCUGCAGAAGGGCCGACCGGGCUACACCCAAAUGCGGGGUCCACUGUGGCGCGGGCCCACGUGGAGCGUGGAGCGGCCGCUGAAUCACCGCAGGGCUUGUCUCCCCCUUCCCCCCACCCCCGGCCCGGUGCCCGCAGUCCCCGCCUCCUCGACCGCCGCCUCCACGGGGCGGGGCCCUGGCCCGGGACCAGCUGCUCCGCUAUAAAGGGGCUGCGGCGAGGCCGGCAGAGCGCUGUGACAGCCACACACCCCAAGGCCUCCAAGAUGAGCUACACGCUGGACUCGCUGGGCAACCCGUCCGCCUACCGGCGGGUCACCGAGACCCGCUCCAGCUUCAGCCGCGUGAGCGGGUCCCCGUCCAGCGGCUUCCGCUCGCAGUCCUGGUCCCGCGGCUCGCCCAGCACCGUGUCCUCCUCCUACAAGCGCAGCGCGCUCGCCCCGCGCCUCGCCUAUAGCUCGGCUAUGCUCAGCUCGGCCGAGAGCAGCCUCGACUUCAGCCAGUCCUCGUCCCUGCUCAACGGCGGCUCCGGCGGCGACUACAAGCUGUCCCGCUCCAACGAGAAAGAGCAGUUGCAGGGGCUGAACGACCGCUUCGCCGGCUACAUCGAGAAAGUGCACUACUUGGAACAGCAGAACAAGGAGAUCGAGGCGGAGAUCCAGGCGCUGCGGCAGAAGCAGGCCUCCCAUGCCCAGCUGGGUGACGCUUACGACCAGGAGAUCCGAGAGCUGCGCGCCACGCUCGAGAUGGUGAACCACGAGAAGGCUCAGGUGCAGCUGGACUCCGACCACUUGGAGGAAGACAUCCACCGGCUCAAGGAGCGCUUCGAGGAGGAGGCGCGGCUGCGCGACGACACCGAGGCUGCCAUCCGCGCGCUGCGCAAAGACAUCGAGGAGUCGUCGAUGGUAAAGGUGGAGCUGGACAAGAAGGUGCAGUCGCUGCAGGAUGAGGUGGCCUUCCUGCGGAGCAAUCACGAAGAGGAGGUGGCCGACCUGCUGGCUCAGAUCCAGGCGUCGCACAUCACGGUAGAGCGCAAAGACUACCUGAAAACAGACAUCUCCACGGCGCUAAAGGAGAUCCGCUCCCAGCUCGAGUGUCACUCAGACCAGAACAUGCACCAGGCCGAAGAGUGGUUCAAAUGCCGCUACGCCAAGCUCACCGAGGCGGCCGAGCAGAACAAGGAGGCCAUCCGCUCCGCCAAGGAAGAGAUCGCCGAGUACCGGCGCCAGCUGCAGUCCAAGAGCAUCGAGCUCGAGUCGGUGCGCGGCACUAAGGAGUCCCUGGAGCGGCAGCUCAGCGACAUCGAGGAGCGCCACAACCACGACCUCAGCAGCUACCAGGACACCAUCCAGCAGUUGGAAAAUGAGCUUCGGGGAACGAAGUGGGAAAUGGCUCGUCAUUUGCGAGAGUACCAGGAUCUCCUCAACGUCAAGAUGGCCCUGGACAUCGAGAUUGCAGCUUACAGGAAACUCCUGGAGGGUGAAGAGACCAGAUUCAGCACAUUUUCAGGCAGCAUCACUGGGCCUCUGUACACACACCGACAGCCCUCGGUCACAAUAUCCAGUAAGAUUCAGAAGACCAAAGUGGAGGCUCCCAAGCUCAAGGUCCAACACAAAUUUGUGGAGGAGAUCAUAGAGGAAACGAAAGUGGAAGAUGAAAAGUCAGAGAUGGAAGACGCCCUCACAGCCAUCGCAGAGGAGUUGGCAGCCAAGGAGGAAAAGGCAGAGGAGGCCGAGGAAAAGGAAGAGGAACAGGAAGCCGAAAAGUCUCCUGUGAAGUCUCCUGAGGCUAAGGAAGAGGAGGAAGAGGAAAAGGAGGAAGAAGAAGGCCAAGAGGAAGAAGAAGAGGAAGACGAAGGUGCCAAGUCAGACCAGGCAGAAGAAGGAGGAUCUGAGAAGGAAGGCUCCAGUGAAAAAGAUGAAGGCGAGCAGGAAGAAGAGGGAGAAACCGAGGCAGAAGGUGAAGGAGAGGAAGUGGAAGCUAAGGAGGAAAAGAAAACUGAGGAAGUGGCUGUCAAGGAGGAGAUCAAGGUAGAGAAGCCAGAGAAAGCCAAGUCCCCUGUGCCAAAAUCACCAGUGGAAGAGGUAAAGCCAAAACCAGACACCAAGCCAGGGAAAGGCGAGCAGAAGGAGGAAGAGAAAGUUAAGGAAGAAAAGAAGGAAGUUGUCAAGGAAGCACCCAAAGAAGAGAAGGUGGAGAAAAAGGAGGAGAAGCCAAAAGAUGUGCCAGAGAAGAAGGCCGAGUCCCCAGUAAAAGAGAAGGCUGUGGAGGAGGUGAUCACCAUCACCAAGUCGGUAAAGGUGAGCCUGGAGAAAGAUGCUAAAGAGGAGAAGUCUCCGCAGCAGGAGAAAGCGAAGGAGAAGGAGAAGGCAGAGGAGGAGGGAGGGAGUGAGGAGGAAGGAAGUGACCGCAGCCCACAGGAGUCCAGGAAGGAGGACAUAGCUAUCAAUGGGGAAGUGGAAGGGAAAGAGGAGGAACAGGAAACUCAGGAGAAGGGCAGUGGGAGGGAAGAGGAGAAAGGGGUGGUCACCAAUGGGUUAGAUGUGAGCCCAGCGGAUGAGAAGAAAGGGGAUGACGGAAGUGAGGGCAAAGUGGUGGUGACCAAGAAGGUAGAGAAAAUCACCAGCGAGGGAGGCGAUGGUGCUACCAAAUACAUCACCAAGUCUGUAACCGUCACUCAAAAGGUCGAAGAGCAUGAGGAGACCUUUGAGGAGAAACUAGUGUCGACUAAAAAGGUAGAAAAAGUCACCUCACACGCCAUAGUCAAGGAAGUCUCCCAGGGUGACUAAGGUUUGAGCCCAUUGCAAAAGGUUAAGCCAUACGACAAUUUGAAAAUGCAUGUGAUUGACAGCUUCAAAACAGAAUGGGUUCUCCCAUGGGGGCUCCAGACAUUGUAUUUUUCCUUUGUGCAAUAUGAGGGAACUGCAUGCAAGCUCAGGGUGCCUCCUCCGCAGUCUUGGGGGGAUUCAAAUGCAUGAUCGUAUAUGUACCUGGGGAAUUGCCAGUGUCCUGAGAUGUUGGAAGAGGGGCACUCGGGGGGAUGUCUUGAGAUGUAUUAUGCAAAGUACCAACUGAGCCAAAAAAUAAUAAGUGAAACAGAACUCUCUUAGCCUUAAGAAAGCUAUAUAUGAAUACUUAUGUUUACCUCACUGGUGCAUUUCAAAUGGACUUCUGUUCAUGGGAGAACCUUGCUGACCUGCACAGUUUGCAACCUUAUGUUGAUCGAUGUUAAACGUCACAUCAGUCCUUGCUCAAUAAAGGUCAUACUGGAAACAUAA